GUUACCUUUUCUCACCUUUUAGUGUCCUUACCUUCACGCUCUCCAUUAUCUUUUGAAGCGCGUAAGUGAGUUCCUUUUCACUUGGGCUUCUACUUUAUUUUAUCAUUUUUUAGUAUACCAUCUUCUUUUCAUUUCAUACCACGCCAUCCACACAAUUCAUAAUAUUACUUGUUCUUACAUAGAAAGUACUUAAUUUAUUGUUUUUCAACUUGGAAACAUGCUUGACGAGAAUUCAAGUUUCAAUCCAUCAACAGCGCUGUCUGCACAAUCAGUGACCAGCACUCCAACAGAACCUCUUUUGGUGUUCGAUCAUCGAAAAGUUCAAGAUUACCUCGAGCAACUAUUGCCCUUGGUGCUCGGUGCUGAAUUAGCCGACUUAGAAAAUACCCUAUUCUCAUAUCCUGAUACCGUUGAAAAAUUCAAGCGAUUUGCCAAUGAUCCUCAGACGCCUGUCAUCUUUAUUAUGAAAGAAAAAGAAGGCGGCAAAUAUGAAGAUGAUGACACACAGAGCUUUUCAUAUACUGCCUCCCAUGAAAUUACUUAUUUGCCUACUCAUGUAGGAUCCAUUGCCAUUAUCAAACGUGUCCCUUCGUUAGACCCUUCUAAACCGCUUCAAAGUCAACUUCAAUUACUCAAUUUACCCGGUGCACCUAGUUCAGGUGAAGCUAAUAGUGCCUAUGAAUUCUUGCACUCCUACAUUCAUUUAGCUGUCAGCCCUUAUUUUAACGCUUAUGUAAAUGCUCGACAUGGUAAUAACAAUAAGAAAUCAGAUAUCAAUGCUGGGAAAGGCGGUGCAACAGGCGGUGGUAGCAUUAUCGCAGGUAGCGCCAGUAGUGGAACCAGUGGAUCAGGAAUUACAGGCACGAGCAGUAUCAACAAAAAUGACGAUAAUAAAAUGGGUGUGCCUAUGGCUAAAAAGAAGAUGGCAGAAUUGGAACUAAGUUUAUUACAUUUACAACAAAAUGUUGAGAUACCUGAAAUAUCAUUGAAUAUUCAUCCCGUUGUCCAAAGAGCUGUGGAUAAAUGCCGUGAACAGAAUAAGCGUGUCACUGUUGAGGCAGUAGAUUCCGCUUUAUUCUCUGACUCCUCUUUUCUUAACAAAUUGCAAAGUGAUGUGAAUGGUUGGAUCAAAGAAAUUCAAAAAGUAACGAAAAUGUCUCGUGAUCCAGCUAGUGGAACAGCUAUUCAAGAAAUCAAUUUUUGGUUGAGCAUGGAAAGAGCUUUAGAAAAGAUCGACGAGCAAUUGAAGAGCGAUCAUAUUACCUUAACACUUGAUAUUCUGAAACAUGCAAAGCGCUUCCAUGCCACUGUCAGUUUUAUUGCUGAUACAGGCCUAAAGGAAGGAAUGGAACUAGUUCACAAAUACAAUCAGUUAAUGAAAGAUUUCCCUCUCAACGAGCUCCUCUCAGCUACUGAUCUGGACAAAAUCAGAGAGUCACUACAUAUGAUCUUUGGACAUUUGAAUAAGAAACUCAAAUUGUCACCCUAUCCAAUUCGCCGUGCGUUACCGCUUGUGGAAGCGAUUUCCAAAGAUUUGAACGAUCAACUGCUCAAAGUCCUCGGUAGUCGGCGUAUGAUGUAUAUGGAAUACGAUGAUUUUGAACGCACUACAGCCGGCGCCGAAACUGUUUUCCACACCUGGGACGAUCUAAUCAAAGAGUUUACCAAUGUUGCUCGAGAUGUAACGCGUAAGCGAUCUGAAAAGUUUUUACCCAUCAAGAUCAAUCCUGCCCACGCAAAAUUACAAGAGCGUGUCAACUUCGUUCGUGCUUUUCGUAAACAGCAUGAACAACUUCACCAGACUAUUGUUCGUGUUAUGACCAGCCCUCGUGCCAAAAAGGCCACUGUGAUCGUUGAUGGACAAGUUAAAAGUGUUGUUGAAGAAGAAGAGAGUGUGAGCAUCAGUGACAUUAAUGCAGUUGAGGAAGUCAAAUUGGCCUAUGAAAGUGUCAAAAACAUUGAUGUGUUGGAUGUCUCCCUUGAAGGAACAGAAAUUUGGAUACAAGCAGAGACAGCUUACAAUGAGCGUGUAUCAAGAGUUGAAAAUCAAAUCAUCGCUCGUUUGCGAGAUCGAUUGGGCACGGCUAAGAGCGCAAAUGAAAUGUUCCGUGUCUUCAGCAAAUUUAACGCUCUUUUUGUCAGACCUAAGAUUCGUGGCGCCAUUCAAGAAUAUCAAACACAGUUGAUUGAUAGUGUGAAAGAAGAUAUCAACAAGCUUCAUGAUAAGUUUAAGAUGCAGUACAGAAACUCAGAAGCUUACCAUAUGGCCCAACUACGUGAUUUGCCACCUAUAUCUGGUACUAUUAUCUGGGCCCGUCAAAUUGACCGUCAGUUGUCUCUCUAUAUGAAACGCGUGGAGGAUGUUCUUGGUAAAGGUUGGGAACUAUAUGCCGAAGGACAGAAGCUUCAAUUCGAAAGCAGUAGCUUCCGUAAAAAGCUGGAUACACGUCUUAUUUAUGACAAUUGGCUACAGGAGAUUACAAAGCGUGAUCUAUCUGUAUCAGGGCGUAUUUUCGAGAUUACGAGAAAUAGAGUCCAAAAAAACGCCCUUCAAUUGGGUGUCAACUUUGAUGGGCAAAUUAUCACUUUGUUCAAAGAGGUGCGUAAUUUGCUAUGGUUGAAUUUCCAAGUCCCUCAUACUAUUUCGAACGUGGCUAAAGAUGCCAAACGCGUAUACCCUUUUGCUGUCAGCUUAAUGGAAACAGUCCGUACUUUCUCUCAAACAGUGCACAAGGUCAAUCGUAAUCAGGAAAUUGCUUCUUUGGUUGCCGGAUAUCGUCAUGAGGUGCAUACUAUGAUUAGUAAGGGUAUCAAUCUACGUUGGGAUUAUUUUGUAAACACCUAUGACGCCCAUCACCGUCCUCUUUCAUUUAUGACAGGCACCCCGCUAGAUACACGGGAAAACCGCCAUGUCAUGUUUGUUCGUGAAUUUGCCAAUGUUGUUUCUGUAUUUCAAGAUAAAGUUGAUGCCUUAAUUGGCUAUUAUGACGAAAUUAGUAAGAGUAUUGAUGAAAUGAAAACAUGUUCUUAUCAAUCAAAAAGAUUUGAAGAGGUCUUGGGACGCAUUCAAAAACUGAUUGAUCGCCUAAAUCUGGAAAGCUACUCCAAUUUGGAUCAAUGGGUUGCUGGUCUGGAUAAGCGUAUAGAAGCAGUCUUAGUUACGCGUCUUCAACAAGCGAUUCGUUCCUGGACAAAUACUUUUCAAGGAAUGACAGCUGAAGAUGCCGUUGUACCUGAAGCAAGCGCAUCAAAGAGCCGUCGUAACAAAAGAAAGAUUGGUCGAGAUAGCGUCAUAGCCGUUAUUGCAGAUAAGAGCAAUGCACAACAGCAAAAGUCUGUAGUUGAAGUAAAUCCUGCACUACAAACACUAGUGCAUGAAAUUCGUAUCAAAAAUCAAGUCAUGUAUCUUGAUCCUCCUAUUGAGCAGGCGCGUACAAGCUGGUGGUUCCAACUUCAUGAUUGGUUGGCUGUUGUUUGUCAUUUACCCCGAAUUCAAAGCUCACGCUAUGAAGGUGGUUUAAGUGUGAAGGAUAAUCCAACGGUAGAAAAGACUUAUUCUAGCUUGUUAACCCGAAUGGGUGAUGGCUCUUUGGAGAAUGCUUAUCAAAUCAUAGAAGAUAAAAUUCGACAAGUUUCCGACUAUGUCAAUAUAUGGCUACAAUAUCAAUCAUUAUGGGAUCUUGAAUCAAGUCAUGUGUUCUCUAUUCUUGAGGAUGAUCUUGGCAAGUGGCAGCAGAUUUUGCUCGAAAUUAAAAAAGCACGUUCUACCUUCGAUAAUUCUGAGACUGGGCAGUCAUUUGGUCCGCUCGUCGUUGACUAUGAACAAGUACAGAGCAAGGUGAAUCAAAAAUAUGAUCAAUGGCAGCGUGAAAUACUUAACAAAUUUGGAACUCUUUUGGGGACCUCCAUGAAAGACUUCCAUGCUUCUGUUUCAAAAGCUCGCUAUGAGCUGGAACAACAGUCCAUCGAAAGUAACUCUACGGGAGAAGCUGUUACAUUUAUCACUUUUGUUCAGGACUUGAAGCGUAAGGUAGCCAAAUGGAGUCAAGAUGUUGAGCUUUUCCGUCAAGGUCAGAAGACAUUAGAGCGGCAACGCUUCCAAUUCCCUUCGGAUUGGGUUUAUGUUGAUCAAGUAGAUGGUGAAUGGAUCGCCUUCAAUGAAAUACUUAGUCGAAAGAAUAAUGCUAUUCAAGAACAAAUUGCUGGCUUGCAGAUGAAGAUUGUAGCAGAGGAUAAGGUGGUUGAGCAAAAAAUUCGUGAUAUUUGCGCUGAAUGGGAGAGGACAAAGCCAGUUCAAGGAGACAUCAAACCUGAUAUAGCUACUAAUACAUUAUCAAUCUUUGAAGGCAGAGUAACACGUCUUAAAGAGGAAUAUGAUAUGGUAUGCCGCGCUAAGGAGGCCCUGGACUUGGAGCAAACUACUGAUGAUCGUUUGGACCCUGUACUCGAAGAGCUCCGUGAUCUAAAAUCUGUUUGGGCAGCUCUUGCACGUGUUUGGCAAUCUGUUUAUGAGAUUCGAGAUACACCUUGGACAUCUGUUGUUCCUCGUAAGGUUCGCCAGCAUAUUGACGAGCUGGUCAACUCCACUAAAGAGAUGCCAAACCGCAUGCGUCAAUAUGCUGCUUAUGAAUACAUGCAAGAUACUCUUCGUCAACUUUUGCGAGUAAAUCCUCUCGUAGCUGAUUUGAAAUCUGAAGCUCUGCGUGAACGCCAUUGGCGCCAAAUCUUUAAAUCACUGCGUGUAGAGGGUCGCUUUACCUUGUCAGAAAUGACCAUAGGGCACUUAUGGGAUCUUGACUUGAAGCGUAACGAAACUGUCAUCAAAGAUGCUAUUUUACAGGCCCAAGGUGAAAUGGCACUUGAAGAAUUCUUGAAGCAAAUAAAGGAGACCUGGACAGGUUAUGUCUUGGAUUUGGUCAAUUACCAAAAUCGUUGUAGACUGAUUCGUGGAUGGGAUGAUUUAUUCAACAAAUCCAGCGAACACCUUAACUCGCUAACAGCCAUGAAGUUAUCGCCUUAUUAUAAAGUAUUUGAAGAAGAUGCUUCCGCUUGGGAAGACAAACUGAAUCGUAUUCAUGUCUUGUUUGAUGUUUGGAUUGAUGUUCAACGCCAAUGGGUUUACUUAGAAGGUAUUUUUAGCGGAAGUGUUGAUAUCAAGCACUUAUUACCUGUUGAAACUUCCCGCUUCCAGAGCAUCAACACUGAAUUCCUGACCGUUAUGAAGAAAGUGUAUAAGUCACCGUUUGUAUUGGAUGUUCUCAACAUUCCUAAUAUUCAAAAAUCCUUAGAGCGUCUGGCUGAUUUACUUAGUAAAAUUCAAAAAGCACUCGGAGAGUACCUUGAACGUGAACGUUCCUCAUUCCCUCGUUUCUAUUUUGUUGGUGAUGAAGAUCUGUUAGAAAUUAUUGGUAAUAGCAAGGACAUCUUACGUAUUCAAAAGCACUUCAAGAAGAUGUUUGCUGGUAUAGCAACAAUCUUAUUGGAUGAAGAGCACACAUCUAUUAUUGGUAUGGCUUCGAAAGAAGGUGAAGAAGUUAUGUUUAAAACCCCAGUUUCUAUUAAGGAUAAUCCGAAAAUCAACGACUGGUUGACGUUAUUAGAAAAAGAAAUGCGUGUUUCUCUUGCGCUUUUAUUGAAGGAUGCUGUCACUGAGUUGGAUAUCAUAUACAAUGCCGAAGAGAUGAGCUCUCCCGAGUUUAUGGAAUGGAUUGACCGUUACCCAGCCCAAUUAGUCGUCCUUGCUGCACAGAUCAUUUGGACACAAUCUGUGGAUAAGGCACUGAACACUAUCAGUGAAUCAGCCUCCGGAGACUUAGAACCUCUAUCUAGCUCUGUAACGCUCAUUGAAAGAAAUCUCAACAUUUUAGCGGACGCUGUUUUACUAGACCUACAAGUUAUCAAACGUAGAAAAUGUGAACAUCUUGUCACUGAACUUGUUCAUCAGCGUGAUGUAACUCGCCAACUGGUCGCUGAUAAUAUUUCUUCGCCAAAAGAUUUCAGUUGGUUAUAUCAAAUGCGUUUCUAUUUCAACCAUUCGAUUGAAGAUCCUCUUCAACGCCUCACAAUUAACAUGGCCAAUGCACAAUUCUUCUACGGUUUCGAAUAUCUUGGUGUUGUUGAUAGACUUGUUCAAACUCCUUUGACUGAUCGUUGUUACUUAACGUUAACACAAGCUUUAGAGCAAAGACUUGGUGGUUCACCCUUCGGUCCUGCUGGUACUGGUAAAACUGAAUCUGUUAAAGCACUCGGUGUUCAGUUGGGCCGUUUCGUUCUUGUCUUUUGUUGUGAUGAGACAUUUGACUUCCAAGCAAUGGGUCGUAUCUUUAUUGGUCUUUGUCAAGUUGGUGCUUGGGGUUGUUUUGAUGAAUUCAAUCGUCUUGAAGAGCGCAUUUUAUCAGCUGUUUCUCAGCAAGUUCAAACGAUUCAGUUGGGUUUGAAGGAAGCAACCAAAAAUCCUAACCAUGAGAUUGAAAUAGUUGGCCGUUCUGUUCGAGUAAAUACUGAUACCGGCAUUUUUAUUACAAUGAACCCUGGUUAUGCUGGUCGCUCCAAUUUGCCAGAUAAUCUGAAAAAGCUAUUCAGAAGCAUGGCCAUGACUAAACCAGAUCGUGAAUUGAUUGCUCAAGUUAUGCUUUAUUCUCAAGGUUUCCGUACUGCUGAAACUUUGGCUUCUAAGGUUGUUCCAUUAUUUAACCUAUGUGCAGAGCAAUUGUCACCUCAAUCCCACUAUGAUUUUGGUUUGCGUGCUCUUAAAAGUGUUUUAGUUAGCGCUGGUAAUUUAAAACGUGAUCGUUUAGCUACAGUUCGUCAAGCUAUUCAAAGCGGUGAAGCAGAAAAGACUGAAUACGCAACUAUAUCUGAAUCAGUACCUGAGCAACAGCUCUUAAUUUCCAGUAUUCGUGAGACCGUUGAGCCCAAAUUGGUGGCUGACGAUAUACCUUUGUUAACAAGUUUACUUGCUGAUGUUUUUCCUGGGGUACUUUACACUCCUGUCAAUUUGGACCGUCUUAAAGAUAAAUUACGCGAAGUCUGUGAGGAGCGACGACUUGUCGCUGGAGAUGCUUGGAUGGAAAAGGUUAUACAGUUGUAUCAAAUUCAAAAUAUACAUCACGGUUUAAUGAUGGUUGGUCCUUCAGGAUCUGGAAAAUCCUCUGCCUGGAAGACCCUCUUAACUGCCCUUGAGCGAGUUGAAGGCGUCGAAGGAAUUGCUUACACUAUAGAUCCCAAAGCUAUUCCGAAGGACGCUCUCUAUGGUACUUUGGAUUCUACAACUCGAGAAUGGACAGAUGGUCUCUUCACCCAUAUUCUUCGUAAAAUUGUUGACAACGUUCGUGGAGAAAGCCAAAAGCGACACUGGAUCAUCUUUGAUGGUGAUGUUGAUCCUGAAUGGGUUGAAAACUUAAACUCAGUAUUAGACGAUAAUAGGCUGUUGACUCUACCCAAUGGUGAGCGAUUGAAUCUACCACCGAAUGUUCGUAUUAUGUUUGAAGUUGAAACACUUAAAUAUGCCACACUGGCUACUGUUUCUCGUUGUGGUAUGGUUUGGUUUAGCGAAGAUGUUAUUACUUUACCAAUGAUUUUCAGUAAUUAUCUCGAAACUCUUCGUAAUGUUCCAAUGGAUGAAAUUGAAGAAGAGGGUCCAUCACCGCAUCAUAAUGCUGACGCUACUAAUAUAGUAGCAGAAGAUGGCACAGUUACUUCACCAAACCUUGCUACUCAGCGUGCUAUUGCUGCUAUUAUGGCUGUUGAUCUCUCAGAUGAAACUUGUCUUGUAGCAAAGUGCUUGGACUAUGCUGCUACUUUAGAGCAUAUUAUGGACUUUACCCGUAUGCGCGUUCUAUCUACUUUCUUCUCUCUUCUCAAUAAGACUGUACGUAAUGUACUAGAGUACAAUUCUCAACACCCUGACUUCCCUAUGACCGGUGAUCAUCUAGAAGGGUAUAUUACCAAACGUAUAAUUUAUUCUAUAAUUUGGAGUUUCUCUGGUGAUGCUAAGCUGGAACUCAGAACCGUUUUGGCUGAUUUUGUGCGUAACGUAACCACUUAUGAAUUGCCGCCUACUGGUAAUGGAACAAGCAUUAUUGAUUACGAUAUUGCCGUUAAUACUGGUGCAUGGAUACCAUGGGAAUCUAAAGUGCCAGUCAUUGAGAUCGAGACUCAUAAAGUAUCUGAAGCAGAUAUCAUUAUCCCAACUGUUGAUACCAUCCGUCAUGAAGAAGUCCUAUACUCUUGGCUAUCUGAACACAAGCCCUUAAUUCUCUGUGGUCCACCUGGUUCGGGUAAAACCAUGACAUUAUUCAGUGCUCUGCGUAAGUUACCUGAUAUGGAAGUUGUUGGCCUCAAUUUCUCUAGUGCAACUACGCCAGAACUCAUCCUUAAAACAUUCGAGCAACACUGUGAAUAUAGAAAAACUCCAAAUGGUGUCAUAUUGUCUCCUACUAUGAUUGGGCGUUGGUUGGUUGUUUUCUGCGAUGAAAUCAAUUUGCCUGCUACUGAUAAAUACUUCACACAACGCGUUAUUUCGUUCUUGAGGCAAUUGGUAGAAUAUAAUGGCUUUUGGAGAGCUUCAGACAAGGCUUGGGUCACUUUAGAGCGCAUACAAUUUGUUGGUGCCUGUAAUCCUCCUACUGAUCCUGGCCGUGUUCCUCUUUCCCACCGUUUCUUACGUCAUGCACCGUUAGUAAUGGUCGAUUAUGCUGGUCAAUUGUCCCUUAUGCAGAUUUAUGGUACCUUUACUCGAGCCAUGUUGAAAGUUGUGCCUAAUCUUCGUGGUUAUGCUGAACCUUUGACAGCAGCCAUGGUAGAGCUAUACUUGGCGUCGCAAAAGAGAUUUACUCCAGAUAUACAAGCACAUUACAUCUAUUCACCUCGUGAGCUGACACGUUGGGUACGCGGUAUUUAUGAAGCUAUCAAACCUCUAGAAACGCUAACUGUAGAGGGACUUGUUCGCAUUUGGGCACAUGAGGCCUUACGUUUGUUCCAAGAUAGGCUUGUUGCAGAAGAAGAACGUAAAUGGACAAGUGAAAUGAUUGAUUCAAUUGCUUUAAAACACUUCCCUGCUAUAAAUCAAGAAGAGGCUUUGGAAAGACCUAUUCUCUUCUCUAAUUGGUUAUCAAAACAUUAUGUACCAGUCAAUCGUGAACAAUUACGUGAUUUUGCAAAGGCUCGUCUCAAAGUUUUCUACGAGGAAGAACUGGAUGUGCCUCUUGUGCUUUUCAAUGAUGUCCUUGAACAUGUAUUGCGUAUUGAUCGUGUUUUUAGACAACCACAAGGUCACUUACUUUUGAUUGGUGUAAGCGGCUCAGGAAAGACAACCUUAUCUCGAUUUGUUGCUUGGAUGAAUGGCCUUAGUGUGUUCCAGAUUAAGGUUCAUAAUAAAUACACAGGCGUUGAUUUUGAUGAUGAUCUUCGCACGGUCUUACGUCGUGCAGGUUGUAAAGGUGAAAAGAUAUGUUUCAUUAUGGACGAAUCCAACGUUCUCGACUCUGGAUUCUUAGAACGCAUGAAUACACUUCUUGCUAAUGCUGAAGUUCCUGGUCUGUUUGAAGGUGAUGAAUACGCCUCCUUGAUGACAGCCUGUAAAGAAGGCGCUCAACGUGAUGGUCUAAUGCUUGACUCAAAUGAAGAACUGUAUAAAUGGUUCAACCAACAAGUUGCAAGGAAUCUACAUGUAGUAUUUACUAUGAAUCCUCCUGAAGGUGGCCUAGCUUCAAGAGCGGCUACGUCUCCAGCCUUGUUUAACCGUUGUGUAUUGGACUGGUUCGGUGAUUGGCCAGAUCAAGCCUUCUAUCAAGUGGGGGUUGAAUUCACUAAAACUCUGGAUCUCGAUGUACCAAACUUUGCCCCUGGUAUCAACUUCCCGAUAGUCUACCGCAACUUGCCUCUACAGCCAAGUCAUCGUGAAGCCGUUGUCAAUGCUCUUGUGUAUGUUCAUCAAUCACUCUAUGAAAUCAAUGCAAAGCUUAGUAAGCGCCAAGGUCGUCAUAAUUAUGCUACACCACGCCACUUCCUUGACUUUAUUUCACAUUAUGUUCGCUUGUACAAUGAAAAGCGUGAAGAUUUAGAAGAGCAACAACGUCAUCUUAAUGUUGGUCUUGAAAAAUUGAAAGAUACAGUAAUCAAGGUGGAAGAGCUUAGAAAGAGUCUUGCAAUUAAAAAGAACCAGUUGGAAUUGAAGCAAAAUCAAGCCAACGAAAAGAUAGGUCAAAUGAUUGCAAACGAAAAGGUUGCUGAGCAGAAGAAAGCUGACUCCCUUCAAAUCAAGGAGAAUCUCAAAAUACAAAACAAAGAAAUUGAAGCUCGUCGUGCUGUUGUUGAUACAGAUUUGGCAAAUGCAGAGCCCGCUGUUAAAGAGGCAGAACAAAGCGUUAAGAGUAUCAAAAGACAGCAUCUUACUGAAGUUCGUGCUAUGAGCAAUCCUCCUGAGGCUGUUAAGCUAACUAUGGAAUCUGUUUGUAUUAUGCUUGGUCACAAGAUUGAUAGUUGGAAGACUGUGCAGAGUAUUAUUCGUCGUGAUGAUUUUAUUUCAAGCAUUGUCAACUAUAACACAGAAUUGCAAAUUACUAAACAGCUAAGACACUAUAUGCGCCAAAACUUCCUUAACAAUCCAAACUUCGAUUACGAAAUUGUGAAUCGUGCUUCAAAAGCCUGUGGUCCUUUGUUCAAGUGGGUGAGUGCACAAGUAAACUUCUCAGAAAUCCUCGAUCGCGUUGGGCCACUUCGUGAGGAAUUGAAUCAACUACAAAAGAGUUCAGAAGAUACCAAGAACCAAGUAGUCGAGAUUGAACAAAUGAUUUCUGAACUUGAGGUCAGUAUCGCACGCUAUAAGGAGGAAUAUGCUGCUUUGGUCGGUGAAACUCAGUUGAUCAAGGCGGAAAUGGAACGUGUCAAAUCUAAGGUCGAUCGAAGUAUUACACUCCUUAGCUCCUUGUCAUCUGAAAAGACCCGCUGGGAAGCUGCUAGUCAAGCUUUUGAAAGUCAAAUGGGUACCAUUGUUGGUGAUGUACUUCUAGCUGCUGCUUUCUUAGCUUAUGGUGGUUAUUUUGACCAGCAGUAUCGUGGAAUCUUACUACAAAAAUGGAUGGAUCAUCUUUCUGCAGCAAAUAUUCAAUACAAACAAGAAGUUUCUUUGACAGAGUAUCUUUCGAGCGCUGAUGAUCGUAUUUCAUGGCAAGCAAACUCUUUGCCAGCCGACCAACUUUGUGUAGAGAAUGCUAUCAUGCUCAAGCGCUUUAACAGAUACCCACUAAUCAUUGAUCCCUCUGGCCAAGCAACUAAUUUCUUAAUUAACGAAUAUAAGGAUCGUAAAAUCACAGUUACGAGUUUCUUGGAUGAUUCAUUUAUCAAGAAUCUCGAGAGUGCCUUACGGUUUGGUAACCCUAUUCUAAUUCAAGAUGUCGAACAUUUGGAUCCCAUUCUUAAUCCUGUUCUUAACAAGGAAUUACGUCGCACCGGAGGCCGUGUAUUGAUCCGUCUAGGUAAUCAAGACAUUGAUUUCUCUCCUACUUUUACGCUGUUCCUUUCUACUCGCGAUCCUUCAGUCAAUUUUGCUCCUGAUAUUUGCUCCCGCGUAACUUUCGUCAACUUCACAGUAACACGUGGUAGUUUACAAAGUCAAUGUUUGAACAAGGUUUUAAAAGCGGAAAGGCCUGAUGUUGAUCAAAAACGAACUGAUUUGAUUAAACUGCAGGGAGAAUUCCAACUCAAACUGCGUCAUUUGGAAAAGUCGCUUCUUCAAGCUUUGAAUGAAUCUAAAGGCAAUAUAUUGGAUGAUGAUAAAGUUAUAGAUACACUGGAAACUCUCAAAAAGGAAGCUGCUGAAGUCAGCCGCAAGGUCGAUGAAACCAAUGCUAUUAUGUUAGAAGUAGAGCAAACAACAGCCAUUUACACUCCAUUGGCUAGUGCCUGUAGCUCUAUUUUCUUUGUGAUGGAACAACUCAAUUUGAUCAAUCACUUCUACCAAUUCUCUCUCGAUUUCUUUUAUGAGAUUUUUGAAUAUGUCAUCCAUGCUAACCCUAACUUAGAAGGAAUUACGGAUCCUAACGAACGUUUGGCCAUUCUGACUCGUGAUUUAUUCUCUGCCGCCUAUAAGCGAGCGUCUCGCACUUUAGUUCAUGAAGACCAUACUAUGUAUGCUCUAUUGCUCUGUCAGAUACGUAUACGUGGUCUACAAGAACAUAUGGAUGAGACAGAAUAUGAUUUCUUGUUAAGUGGAGGUGACGCUGUAGUUGGCGACAAUAAUCGUGCAUUAGAUGUGAAUUUACCCAACUUCAUUUCAGACGAAGUUGUUCAGCGUAUCAAAGAAUUCACAAAACUCGCCUGUUUCAAUAAGCUAGCAGAUCAUAUUGUCGCGAAUGAAAAUGACUGGAGAGCAUUCAUGGAACAUACUCAACCUGAGACCGCUGUACCUGUUUGUUGGGAAGCUGCGGAUGAGAAUCGCGAUCUUGACUCUCUGCGUAAGAUGUUAGUAAUCAAAUGCUUCAGACCUGAUCGUCUUUUGCCUGCUACUGGAAUCUUCGCAACAGAGAUCUUCAAUAAUGAGUUUAUGAAUACAGGUGAACUCAAUUUACAAAAAAUUGUACAGGAAGAGGUCAAUAGCUGCACUCCAUUAGCACUCUGUUCCGUUCCUGGUUAUGAUGCUAGCUACCGUGUCGAUAAUUUAGUGAGUGAGACCAAUAUGCGCUGUACAUCUGUCGCUAUGGGCUCAGCAGAAGGUUUUGCAUUAGCUGACCAAGCUAUAUCCAGCGCUAUCAAAACUGGUCAUUGGGUCAUGUUAAAGAACGUACAUUUAGCUCCAGCUUGGCUUGGACAGCUCGAAAAGAAAUUACAUAGCAUGAAACCGAACAUGAACUUCCGUCUUUUCUUAACAAUGGAGACUAAUCCUAAGGUGCCUGCCAAUCUUCAAGAAGCGCUCCGUAGCAUUCCUCCGUCACGUUUAUCUCGCGGUCCCACAGAACGCGCUCGCCUCUACUUUAUGCUGGCAUGGUUGCAUGCUGUGGUUCAGGAACGUUUACGUUAUGUGCCAUUAGGUUGGACGAAGGUUUAUGAGUUCAAUGAUUCAGAUCAAGACUCUGCUUUUAAUACAAUUGAUAAAUGGCUCGAUGCAGCAUCGGGAGGCAGAGCCAACAUUUCUCCGGAAAAGAUCCCUUGGGAUGCUAUUCGUUCACUGUUGAAACAAUCAAUUUAUGGUGGCCGUAUCGAUAACGAAUUUGACCAACGUCUUCUCGACUCUUUUGUGAAUACAUUAUUCAGACCUGAAUGCUACGAUAUCGAUUUUGAACUUGUUAAAGGAAGCGGUGGAAAUGAUAGCAAACGCGUUGUUGUGCCUGAUGGCACAAAAAUGGAGCAUUUUAUGGAAUGGGUCAAAAACCUACCUGAUCGUGAGCCACCUACCUGGCUUGGUCUACCUGCUAAUGCUGAACGUGUAUUACUUACAAUGAAAGGUAAUAAUAUGCUAUCCAAGGUGCGCAAGAUGAAGAGUUUGAGCGAUGAUGACGAACUAGUCUACUCCUCCGAAACAAAUGAUACUGAUGCUGGCAAUAAACAAGUCGAAUCGACAGCUCAACCAGCCUGGAUGCGCGCAUUGAGCUCAUCUAUCACCACUUGGCUUAAUCUUCUGCCAACAAACAUUAAACCUAUGCAAAAAGAUGGAUCUGUAAUUAUGGAUCCAUUAUUCCGUUUCUUCGAACGUGAGAACUUGAAUGCACGCAAAUUAUUGUCAGUUAUUCGUGAGGAUUUGACAUCUUUGCAAAAGAUUUGCAACGGUGAAUUGAAGCAAACGAACCAUCUUCGUCGACUGCUGAAUUGGUUGAAUAAGGGCUUAAUACCAGAGCAUUGGAAAUUGUAUAAGGUGCCAAAGAGCUUAUCUUUAAAUGCUUGGAUUGCUGAUUUGAAAACUCGAUUGGAUCAAGUGGAAUUGUUAGCAUAUGAAACUGCUUUUGACCAAAUAGAAAUAUCUCUUGGUAGUUUGUUUACACCUGAAGCUUACAUUACGGCUACCCGACAAGCAACCGCACAACGUUACAAAUGGUCACUGGAAGAGCUAGUUUUAGAUAUUGAUAUCGACGCUAUCGAUCAGCAGCAGUUAUCUACUUUAGGUUAUUGUAUCCGUGGUAUGAAAUUGGAAGGUGCCUCUUGGGAAAACAAUGAAUUACGUCUAACGUCAGAACCAAGCACAAAGUUACCAAAAUCAAUAAUUAGAUGGAUCAGAAAAGACGAAAGACCGGACAAAGAAAAUAUGGUUGAAUUGCCCGUUUAUCUCAACUCAGAUAGGAGUGACUUAUUAUUCACAAUAAGUGUAGCUGCUAACUCUGAAGAAAAGGAUAGAAUACCACAAAGAGCUAUUGCAGCCAUAGUUUCUUUUUAA